CUCCCUUUUUCAGUAGCUGUACAAAAGCUAAGAGAACUGAAGUCAUCCACUAGAUCAUAACAUUAAAAGUAGACGUCGCUGCUUCAUGAAAAUGGCUGGGAAAAUAAAGAAGUUUUACGACUUUUCAGCUAAGUUGCUGUGUGGAGAUUUGCUAAAUUUCUCCUCCCUAAAGGAUAAAGUUGUGCUUAUUGAAAAUGUGGCGUCACUUUGAGGAACAACAACCAGGGACUACACUCAGAUGAACGAGCUCCAUUCGCAGUAUUUCGAAAAGGGGCUCGUGGUUCUGGGGGUGCCCUGCAACCAGUUUGGCCAUCAGGUAGGCAUUCACUUAUUUUUCUAUAUGAAUUUCGAUUUCAAUAUUGCAGGUUAUUCGGCCUUCUCUUUGAAAUGUGGUGGUCAAGUAGUGGUCAACUCUCAACCUGUUAGCCCAAUGGUAGUUUGGCCAGUUGUUGCAACAUUGUAGAUUGGGAAUAACACCAAUUGUUAAACUGUCUGUGUGAUACUUUUGGGACUCAUCAUUGAGACAUUAUUUGUUUUUUCCCCUCUUGUUAACAUGCUUCAAUUAAGAUCAUUUCUGAAACAGAUUUAUUGUUUAUUGAUUCUUAUUCUGUCUAAACAGGAGAAUUGUAAGAAUGAUGAGAUCCUGAGGGCCCUGAAGUAUAUCCGUCCAGGAAAUGGCUUCCAGCCCAAAUUUCCACUUUUUGAGAAGAUGGAUGUGAAUGGAAAUGAUGCCCACCCCUUGUUUGUGUAUCUCAAGCAGAAAUUGCCAUUCCCUGCCGAUGACUCCAUGGCCCUCAUGAGCGACCCCAAGUUCAUCAUGUGGAGCCCUGUCUGCAGGAAUGACAUCUCCUGGAACUUUGAAAAGUUCCUGGUCGGUCCUGAUGGGGAACCUUACAAGCGCUACAGCAGAAGGUUCCUGACCAGUGACAUUGAGGCAGAUAUUAAGGAGCUACUCAAUGUGAAAUAAACCGUCCUGGCAGAGCUCUCACAGGGGUACAGUGGUAGUGGUGGUGAUAAGGAUGUAGAGAGCCUGGCCACAGGGACAACACAGAACGUCUUCACUCUCCUGUUAAUCAGCAGUCACACAUUUUCUUAAUCUGUUUUAUCACAAUAUCCCUUCACCAGUACCAACGGCUUUUGCUACCAGCCUCUGCCUCUGUAGGAAUACGCCUGCUGCAUUUGUUUCAAUUGGCUUUGCUCUCCUGUGCAAGAUACUGUUGUUUUUGAGACUCUUUACUGAAUGAAGUGAUUCCUUAAAACCUUUUUUGUGAGAGGAGUUUCUGAUAAAGAUGUAAAGGCCUGAAUCUAACAGUAGUGUAUUACUCAUGUAUAGCAAAGACCAGUCAGUGGAAAAAUACAUGUAAUAAAACAUUAUUUUAUUGGUUUUCAUUUCCUUUAACAUUAUGUAAUUCUACAGUAAUGGAGUUAUUUGAGGAGUAAUAACAGGUUGAUGGUUGAUAUUAACAUACAAUCAAAGUUAAGUUUUUACAACAGAGCAAAGUUCUAUAGACUGUUACAAUCAAAUAGUUUUAGUAUUGGUUAUAAAUAUUAUAAACGGAAUUUAUGGUGUAUAAAAAACUACAACAGAAACUACAGUAACUUGAACCAAUUAAAUAAAAAAGCCUAGAUGUCCCUUGACAAAAUAAAGUAGACAUGGAUACAUAAAAACUGCAAUCAUGUUGUCAGUCACUCAAUUGAACAAUUCACUACUAGGAUUGUUUUAUUUACUGUAAAGUGAGCCCAGAUGUAAUCUAAUUUUCAGACAGGUCUUUCCUGAGGAGUUGUUAUCAACAGAAUCCUAUGUCACGAUGCUGUGUGUACAGAUAACUGGCUGAAUGAGGGUCUUGUCAUUGAGGACAGAAGUC